GCGGGGCCGACGGCAGCGUGUAGUGCGAGCGGGGCAGGACGCGCGGAGCCCGCCUGCUGGCCCGCCGGGAACUCGUGAGGAAUUGACAUCCAUAGGAAGAAUUUGUAAAAGCCUCUCUCUGCCUAGAGCUUCAGGCCCAAUGCAUCUUCCUGCCACCUUAAACCACUGAGCAGUCAGAGCCCCAGUUGUAGAAGAGUUGUCCUGACACCACCAUGAGCUCUGAAUGUGAUGUUGGCACUUCUAAAGCUGUUGUGAAUGGCUUAGCAUCUAGCAGCAAUGGGCAAGACAAAGCAACCACCAAUCCUUUACGCACAUGCUCUAUUUCUGCUGUUAAAAUAAUUCCUGUGAAGACAGUGAAAUACACUUCAGGCCUGGUACUCCCUUCAGACAUGGAUCCUACAAAAAUCUGCACUGGGAAAGGAGCGGUGACUCUUCGUGCCUCCUCUUCCUACAAGGAAACCCCAAGCAGUAGUCCUGCAAGCCCUCCAGAAACUCCACAAAAUGAAAGCAAGACAGGCCUGGAGCCAGAGGAUUCUUCAGCAGAUGAGUGGAGACUUUCUUCCAAUGCUGAUGCCAAUGGGAAUGCCCAACCCUCUUCACUUGCUGCCAAGGGCUACAGAAGUGUGCAUCCCAGCCUUUCUGCCGACAAGCCCAAGGAUGCCACUUCCUCCAGUCCAGCCCAGCCUGAGGUAAUAGUUGUCCCUCUCUACCUGGUUAACACUGAUAGAGGGCAAGAAGGCACUGCCAGACCUCCAGCAUCCCUGGGGCCACUUGGCUGCGAUCACACUAGCCCGGCGACCACCCCUGCCACCUCACCUCUGACCUUCCCGACUAUAGAUGAUUUCAUUCCCCCUCAUCUGCAGAGGCGGUCCCACCACAGCCAGCCAGCCAGUGCUUGUGGCUCCCCUCCCCCCAUUAGCCAGACACCACCAUCCUCACCACCACCUCCGCUGGUCCCUCCCAUACCGGAGGACCUCCACAGAGCCUUGGAGCCUGACCUCACGGGAGCUGUCUCAAGUACCGCUUCCAGUCCUCUAUUAAAUGAAGUUUCUUCUCCCCCCAUUGGAACUGAUUCCCAAGCCUUUCCACCAACCAGCAAGCCAUCAUCUGCCUACCCUUCCACCACUAUUGUCAACCCCACCAUUGUGUUGUUACAGCACAAUAGAGAACAACAGAAACGACUGAGUAGCCUUUCAGAUCCUGUCUCAGAGAGAAGAUUGGGUGAGCAGGACACAGCACCAAUCCAGGAAAAACCCACCUCACCCAGCAGAGCUGCUGAAAAACGAGUGAAGGAUGAUGGCAGACGGGUGGUGAAGAGUGCACAAGAUCUAAGCGAUGUGUCCAUGGAUGAAGUGGGCAUCCCACUGCGGAAUACUGAGAGAUCAAAAGACUGGUACAAGACGAUGUUUAAACAGAUCCACAAACUAAAUAGAGACACUCCUGAAGAAAACCCUUAUUUCCCUACGUACAAAUUCCCUGAACUUCCUGAAAUCCAGCAAAAUUCUGAAGAGGACAACCCUUACACUCCUACCUACCAGUUUCCUGCAUCUACUCCUAGUCCUAAAUCUGAAGAUGAUGAUUCAGAUCUGUAUUCUCCUCGAUACUCCUUUUCUGAAGAUGCAAAAUCUCCCCUUUCUGUGCCUCGUUCAAAAAGUGAAAUGAGUUACAUUGAUGGUGAGAAGGUGGUUAAGAGGUCGGCCACACUUCCCCUCCCAGCCCGCUCGUCCUCACUCAAGUCCAGCCCAGAGAGAAACGACUGGGAGCCCCCAGAUAAGAAAGUGGAUACAAGAAAAUACCGUGCAGAGCCCAAAAGUAUUUAUGAAUAUCAGCCGGGCAAGUCUUCUGUUCUGAGCAACGAAAAGAUGAGUCGGGAUAUAAGCCCAGAAGAGAUAGAUUUAAAGAAUGAACCUUGGUAUAAGUUCUUUUCGGAAUUGGAGUUUGGGAAACCGCCUCCCAAAAAGAUAUGGGAUUAUACUCCUGGAGACUGCUCUAUCCUUCCUAGAGAGGAUAGAAAGACUAAUCUAGAAAAAGAUCUCAACCUGUGCCAAACAGAGUUAGAGGCAGAUUUAGAAAAAAUGGAGACGAUUAAUUCUCCCAGUGCCAGCCCACCACAGAGCUCAACAGUCAGCCCCUUGGCAGACAUUUCCUCAGAGCCUCCUGGAUAUGUAUAUUCUUCCAACUUCCACGCAGUGAAGAGGGAAUCAGAUGGGGCUCCUGGGGAUCUCGCUAGCUUGGAGAAUGAGAGGCAGAUUUAUAAAAGUGUCUUGGAAGGUGGCGACAUCCCUCUUCAGGGCCUGAGUGGGCUCAAGAGACCCUCCAGCUCAGCUUUGACUAAAGAUUCAGAAUCACCAAGACAUUUUAUACCAGCUGAUUACUUGGAAUCAACGGAAGAAUUUAUUCGAAGACGUCAUGAUGAUAAAGAGAAACUUUUAGCGGACCAGAGACGACUUAAGCGUGAGCAAGAAGAGGCCGAUAUUGCAGCUCGACGCCACACGGGCGUCAUCCCGACGCACCAUCAGUUUAUCACUAAUGAGCGCUUUGGGGAUCUUCUCAAUAUAGACGAUACUGCAAAAAGGAAAUCUGGGUCAGAGAUGAGGCCUGCCAGAGCCAAAUUUGACUUUAAAGCUCAGACAUUAAAGGAGCUUCCUCUGCAGAAGGGAGACAUUGUUUACAUUUAUAAGCAGAUUGAUCAGAACUGGUAUGAAGGCGAACACCAUGGCCGGGUGGGAAUCUUCCCACGCACCUACAUUGAGCUACUUCCUCCUGCUGAAAAGGCUCAGCCCAAAAAGUUGACACCCGUGCAGGUGUUGGAAUAUGGAGAAGCUAUUGCUAAGUUUAACUUUAAUGGUGAUACGCAAGUAGAAAUGUCUUUCAGAAAGGGUGAGAGGAUCACGCUUCUUCGACAGGUAGAUGAGAACUGGUACGAGGGGAGGAUUCCAGGAACAUCCCGCCAAGGCAUCUUCCCCAUUACCUAUGUGGAUGUGCUUAAGAGGCCACUGGUGAAAAACCCUGUGGAUUACAUCGACCUGCCUUAUUCCUCCUCCCCAAGUCGCAGUGCCACAGCAAGCCCACAGUGUCCUAGUCACAGCAAGCUCAUCAUGCCAGCCCCCUCAUCUCUACCCAACCCCCGCCGGGUUCUGUCCCCUGAGAUGCAUGCCAUCACCUCUGAAUGGAUCUCGCUGACUGUAGGGGUCCCAAGCAGGCGUUCUCUGGCCCUGACUCCACCCUUGCCUCCUCUGCCUGAGACUUCUGUCUAUGACAUGGACUACCUCUCCUUGCCAUCAAGGGCUCGUCCCUCCCUGCCCCUCAGCCUCCCUUAUUCAAGUUGGUCAGUUCGCUCUAAUCCCCGCUCAGUGGUUUCCCCAUUAGCCUUGCCUCCACCCCACAAAACUUACUCCCUGACACCUAGUACCCAGACCCCUCUUCACAUCAAUGGAGAGGGUGGGAUCCACCCUCACCAAGAUAGCUUCUCCCAGCCACUGCUGGGGAGCCCUGAUAGGGUCAUCUCAGAGCUUAGUGAUGCCUUUAGCAGCCAGAGCAAGAGGCAGUGCUGGCAAGAAGAGAAUGGACAAUAUGAGAGGAAAACAGAGAGUGAGGCAGGUGAGAGAUGCCCUGGUGGAUCCAAGAUCUCUAAGAAGAGCUGCUUGAAACCUUCAGACGUGGUCAGGUGCCUGAGUACUGAGCAGAGACUCCCAGAGCUCCAUGCCCCUGAGGAGAUCGAGCCCAGCAAGCCUCUGGGCAGCCCCUUUCCAGGAAGGGAGGCUGGGCCCACAGAGCUGCACAGAGGUGGCGAGGCUGAGAGGAAGGCCGCUCAGAGUGGUGUGAGUCAGCAACCUCAAGCCCAGCAGCGAAGAGUCGCCCCAGACAGGAGUCAAACCUCACAAGACUUAUUUAGCUACCAAGCAUUAUAUAGCUAUAUACCACAGAAUGAUGAUGAGUUGGAACUCCGAGAUGGGGAUAUCGUUGAUGUCAUGGAAAAAUGUGACGACGGAUGGUUUGUUGGUACUUCAAGAAGAACAAGGCAGUUUGGUACUUUUCCAGGCAACUAUGUAAAACCUUUAUAUCUAUAAGAAGACUGAUAACCAUAGAAAUUAUUUUUAUUGAGGAUGAAGCAUAAUUCAUGAACUGGUCUUUAUUUAAAAGUUAAGUUGGUAGGAAGAUGAAUGCAGUGGAUAAAGUUAAGAAGUAAAAACAAAAGGAACAGAGAAGUGUGACAAUUAACACUCAAGUCUGAGCUUACUGUGUAUCAGGGCUGAACCGUGUGCUGAGCAAAAUGAAUUGAGGCAAAUCAGAUUUACUUACCUGAUUCUGGAACAACUCCAGCUUUCCCUUCCCCUCCCCUUCCUCUCUACCUCUACCUGGAGUAGAGUCUAGGAAUGGAUUAGCCAGAAAUGCUUACUGGUUUCCAGCCUUACCUGCUGUCAUCUCAAAGGGGUCCUUGAGCCUAGAAUAACCCUUAGGGAACUAGGCAAGUAGAUCCCUAGCCAUGUUCUGGAGACCCCAACUCUGGGCACCCACUGACUGCCCCAUCCUCUAUCGCUAGCUGCCCUGGACUAAACUGAGACUGUCUGCUAAACUGAGACUGCCCCCCUUUGCCAUUGGACCUGCUGAGGUCCAGGUAAGGAAAUGGAGGCAAACCAGGCACCUUGGUGUUGAGCCUGCAUUACCCUUGACUAUGCCCACAUGAGGUUUGUGCUGAGAUUGGGGAGCAGAUGGUCAAGGCCGAUUGGUUAGGUUUGUAUUUCCAAGCGACUAAGUCAAGAAGCCCUGCCACCUCGGAGGCCAGUGGCAGUGCUUAGCUUAUUCCUUUCCCAUAUCUCUCUGGCUUUAUAAACAGCUGCCUUUAGGGCAGCGCAGCUGCAUUUACCUGAGCCCUAUAUUAAGCUUUCUUUUCUGGCUUGGGUUUGGCUGGGAAAGUCUGGGAUUGCUAGACCCAUUUUCACAGGAAUCCCAGAAUGACAUCUAGAGUUUAUUUAACAUGCAGUGACAUGCUCUGGUUACUGAUCUACCCAUGAGGCCCUGGGCUGAGAAGAGAUGCCAGGUUUCCAAUUCCCCCCCAAAUCCCCAGAAGACUUCAAGGACCACUCAACAUGUUGGCACCCCCAGCUUGUGAGUAUUCUUCAUGCACCUGCAGAGGCUUCCCAAGGUGUGGAUCAGUGGCUUGAGUAUAAGCAGCAACUUUCCACAAGCAGCAGUGACCAGAAGUCUGCCCUGUGUGGGGGCUGCAACUGAGGAGGAAACCUCUGGGCCGCAUGACUGCUUCACUACUACUCUGACGCAGCUGUGAUAAAGAUGUUUUAUUAGCUUCUCUGUUAGACUUUUCAGACACAGAGAUAGAGGUGCCCCAUUUUCUGCCCACCAGGAACUGGAGGUGAGUGGGGAGACAGAAAAAAUAAACUGACUGCAAAGAGAGAUUGUGAUACGUGCUAAGGAAGUUUGGGAGAAGAGAUGUUUCCCCUGGAGGGACCUGGAAGGUGUCAUGGUAUUUCUGUCUCCAUACCUCACUUCUGAAAGAGGAUACUGAGAGAACUUUAGACUGGGAGUCAUUCUGGCUGGAAAUACUUGGAACUUUUUCCAGAGUCUCCAAACUCUCAUCCUCCCCACAAAUCCACUUCCAAGGUGACAAAUAGGAGUAGCAAUUCUAAGUGGUAGGGGUGUAUACUGGAACCCUGGCUCUCUGCAGCUAGCUCAGAAUUACCCCAGGACCACUGUCCCAAAGUCUGGAAUCUUUUCCAAGUAGAUAAAACUUGUCUUUAGUACCUCUGCCUCAGUGGUUGUCCCAGACACUCAUCUUAAGAUCCCACCAGCUUCCCACCACCUGCCAAUCAGCCUCAGUACCCUCACUUUCUCCCUAACCUUUCAAGGAGGCUUUCAAGAAAAAAAAAUUACUCCUAAUUUGCACUGAAGUGUAAAUGGCUGAUAAGAAGAAUGUGUUGCCUCUUCUCUAGAGACAUUUGUUUGGAACUAGGACAAAUUGGAGCCUUAAUCCCAAGGGAAAAGUGUGUGAAUUUGUAGAACUUCAGGGACAGAAGGUUUUAUGGUAGAACGAAGCUUCUUGAUUUUUUUCUAGGACCCCAUGACUGUAUGACCUAUAGCUUUGGAAGCUCUGCUCCCCCAUCCCAGAGCACAGAGCCUGAUUUUUUUUUACUUUUGUCUCUGAAGGAAUAUAGUAAAAAUGCAUAUGUGCAUGCAUUUUGCCCAGCAGCGUUUCUCCCCAUUUGGAAUGUAACCCUUAUAUUGGCUGUGUUUCUUGGUCUUUCUUAAACACAAACCAUUAAUAAUGAAAUCCUAUUUAACUUUUUUGGAGGGGUGCUUCUUGAUUAAUAGGUAAUUUUGAACACCUCUUUAAAUACAGCUAGAAAGUAAAACCAACUUGUAAAGCCACCUUUGCAUCUGAUGCCAGCUUCACGCAGCGUCUGUCUCUCUCCCCAAAUACAGGGGUUGCCUUGCCAACUUGCUCUUCUUUAAUAAAAUCACAUGUUAAAAUUCACAUCCCCUCAGUUUACUAUGACUCUGUGUGAAAAAACAGGGAACACAGGUUCCCAAUUACUCUUUUGUCUUCAGACAUUUAGUAACAUAAAUUACCUAUUUUUUAUGCUGAAAUGUUUAUACAGGUUUAUUAAUAGCAAGUGUAACUACCUGGUGACAUGCCUUGCAACAGGUUUUGAUAUAUUAGCCAUGCUUCCAGGUAAAGGCUAGCCCCAAACUACAUAUCUUUUGCAGUCUCUCUGGGAUCAGUAAAAGGAAAAAAAAUUCAUAUGCUCGAGAACUGGGAGUGUAAAUAUGUAUAUUUAACUUUGUAUAGUCCAUGUACCUACCUUGUAUAGAAAAAGUUUUAAAAAUUUGAACAGAAGGGAGUAAAAUAAGGGAGUCACAGAGGGGUUUUGUUUUGCAUUUUUAUUUAAAUGAAGGAAUUUCAAAGUAUUCACUUUUAGCACAUUUGCCAUUGGAAACUGUUAACAUUUACAAUAAUAAUUCUUCUGGAAAGAGAAGGUAACUAUUAUUUCAGUUGCAGUUUAAAAAAAAACUUUUUUUUUGCAGUUCUGCAGUAGAAUUAAAUCCUGUUGCUAGAAUAGACUACUACCAAAAAGAAAGAUCAUAUUCUGAGAGAACUGACAUUAUAUAUAACCAAUUAAUUUAAAGCAUUGCCAUUUAAAUUUUCACACUGAGUGCAUGUACUCUGCAGGCACAGAUUUUUCUGUUCAUUUAUUUUUCUUUACUGCAGUGGAUUGAUUUGAUAAAUAGAUGUGUUAAAUUACUACCUUUGCUGUACAUAUUAUUUAAUAAACUUUAUUAAGAAUUGUGUGGCAUAUGUUCUUGCCAUUC